UCCUCGCUUUCACGGCGCCCGCGGCGCGGCGUCGCCGAACACGAACGCGCCGCGUACGAUGCUUCCCUCCAAGCGCAGCUACAUCUCGACCGCAUUGCUCUGCCGCUGCCGCCGCACCUUCGCCGUCGCGUCCUCCGGCCUGAACCGCCGGCCCGUCUCGCCACUGGCACUGGACGAGUAUACCUUCCCUUUGCUCCUCAAGGUAGCCGCCGCCGAAGCCGCAGCGGCCUUGGGGCGCAGGAGCUCGAUCGAGGGCCAGAAGCUCCACGCCAGGGUCAUCAAGUUCGGUUUCUCCUCCUGCGUCUACGCCUCAACGGCUCUCGUUGACUUCUACUCCAAGGCCGGCGACCUGGCCUCUGCGCACGUUGUGUUCGAUGCAAUGCCGCGCCGGACGCUGCCUUCCUGGACGGCCAUCAUGGUCGGGUAUGCCAGGAGCGGAGAUAUGAGGUCGGCUGAAGAGAUCUUCUCGUUGAUGCCGGAAAAGGAUACCCCAGCUUAUAAUGCCAUGAUUGAUGGGUUUGUGAAGGUCGGUGAUGUCCCCUCGGCACAGAAGGUUUUUGAUGCGAUGCCGGAGAGGAACGUUGUUUCUCGGACUUGCUUGAUGCAUGGUUAUUGCAUGGCUGGGAAUAUGGAGGCCGCUAGGGAGUUGUUUGAUGCGAUGCCACGAAGUCGGAAUUUGCACUCUUGGAAUGUGAUGAUCAGGGGCUACUGCCAGAACCAGGAGUCUGGGAAGGCAUUGAAUCUUUUUAGAGAAUUGCAGUCUCAAUCAUGUCCAUUUGAGCCAAAUGAAGUGACACUUGUAAGUGUUAUCCCUGCAAUCACUGAUACUGGUGCUAUGGACCUUGGACGGUGGGUACACGAGUUUGCUAGAAGAAAGGGAUUGGACCGGAGGGCUAAUGUCGCCACAGCGCUAAUCGACAUGUAUUCGAAAUGUGGAAAUACAGAUGAAGCUAGGCAAGUGUUUAACCGAUUGAAGCCUAAGGAAGUUACAUGUUGGAAUGCUAUAAUAAAUGGUCUUGCAGUAAAUGGCUAUCCUAGAGAGGCUCUUGGUUUGUUUGAGGAAAUGCGAAGAAAUGGGAUCUCCCCUAAUAGUGUGACCAUGAUUGGAGUUCUGUCAGCUUGUAGCCAUGGGGGACUUGUGGACGAAGGUAAGCAGUUUUUUCAGGAAAUGGAGGUGCUAGGGAUCAGAAAAAAGGUAGAGCAUUACGGAUGCAUGGUGGACCUUCUAGGACGCUGUGGGUAUUUGAGUGAAGCCAUGGGGUUGAUUGAAAAAAUGCCCUCUGGACCCAAUGGCAUAGUUUUAAGCUCACUGCUCUUUGCUUGUGCAUGCCAUGGUGCUGUAGAUAUGGCAGAGAGUGUUAUGAAGAGAGCGGUUGAGAUGGAGCCAAGGAACAUUGGGAAUUACAUAAUCAUGAGAAAUCUAUAUGCUGCAAAGAAGAUGUGGCAUGAUGCGCUGAACAUGAAAGAUGAGAUACAUAAGCUUGGGGGUAAAAAAGAGGCUGGAUGCAGUCUUGUUGAGAUUGAGACCAGUGUUUCGGAGUUUAUUUCUGGGGACAAGGCUCAUCCCGAGUGGGUGGUCAUAUGUGAAAUUUCUGGGUGCCUUCAAUUGCAUAUGGGAGUUCCCACAGAGGAUUUUGAUUUCACCAGACUUUUUAUUGAGUAAAUCGUUGUGCUGACAUCGUAGGAGAGGAGACUAACCAAGCAUUUGUAUGAAAUAUUCUCUCUAGGGGUUCAACUUUAUGACUGUCUAUUGGAAACUAUGGUAGCAGAUGCUGCAUAUUGCUACGCCAUGAUCCAGAAAACCAAUAUGGUUCAUGAUUCCUAUAUGAAUAAAGGAAUGGUAACUCUAAUGGAGUAUAUAAUGGUGGAACUGCUUUCGUUUCAUGGAGGACUUGCAUUUACUAUCAUUUUGGUGCUCUCAUUCGAUUGGGGACUGAGGAGAAUCGUUAUAAUUUCACAGCUGAUGUUUGCAAGCGUCUGAUGCGAAAAACUUCACAUUGGGUUAACUCACAUCGCUGUCGAGUUAGAAUUAUUGCAGAUGUACUCAAAUUCUGUCCAUUCUUGUUACCCGUAGUCCUGAUUCAUGUACUAUUGCUGACUUUGUCUCUGUUGGAAAUCGCAGAUCUGUUUUGCAACUCUCUACCUGAAACAUCAAAGUUUCAGUGAUCCUGCACAGAACUUGACAUCUCUGGUAGUAUAUCUAUUUCUUCUGCUAUUGUUUUUUCAAGUCCACUUUCUAAUUAUUUUAGAAUUCGAUCACUCUAUUUACUGCACUGCACACUGAAUAUAAGGCCUUGUUUAGAUUAGAGUAAAGUAUUUUUGGAGGAAAAGUACAGGAAUCCCCAAUCCAAAGAAAAAACAGCACUUUACUUGUUUGGAAUGAAGGAAACAGGGGUUCCAUUCCUGUGGUUUACUGUCUCCUACAUGAUUUCUCAGGAAAAUAAAAAUCUACUCUUAUCCCUUGUUUUCUCUCCUUCUGGUAAAGCCUGAGGCAACACCAUCCGCUUCAACGGCAUGCCCAGGUUGAUUCAAAACUGAAGCUGCCCGAAAAGAUCAUUUACUGUCUCUAGGAAGAGUGCCUCGCCACCGCCAGCUUCGACAGGGCCUCUUUCCGCGCCCCAACAACGUGCAUCCGCUUACCCCUUCUCAAUCAGAACCUUCUUGAUGUGUUUUGCUUCUUGCUCCCUGGGAUCUGAGAGAGGCAGAGCUAGCGGGUGCAAUGCGAGAGAUUUUAGAGCAACAAGAAUGUCCAGAUGAGAAUGAGAAGGAUAGGAGAGAAUAUAAAGUUAAGAACAUGAUGGAAUGGACAGACCAAGUUCAUGGACCCUAGCUCCCACAUAUAAGAGGUAUAUCGGAGGAAAAAAAUACCAUAGUAAUCAUACUUAUAUUUGUUAGUUGAUUAAUCGUUGCUGCUGAUGUCCUUUUACUAUUACUAUAUUUUAUGUUUCCAAUAUCAUGGGAUUACUGCAUUC